UAUGGUGUCCACGAAAUAAAAUAACCUCUGUAAAGGACUUUGACCGUUUUAUUGAGGUGAUGUCAAAAGAACAUUAAUAAGAGGGAGGAGUUAGGGUUCAGGUAGAAGGAAUUGCACAAUUUGGAACCUGAGUUAGGGCUUCAUCAUUGCACACUCAGUGGACAGAGGCCAUAGGUGCAGCUGUGAUAUUAGAGGUGGAAGACUGAUUUGCAUUUUAACCAGGUAAGACCCGGUUAUUCAUUGGUGGGUGAAGAAAAAGAUGAUAACCAGAGUGGUGUAAAACUGCAAUGAGCUCAGUAAACACCCCCUCCCCAUGAUCUGGGUGGCAUCCCGCCCAGCCAUGUGACCAAGACAGCAAGGAAUGCUGUCUUUAAGGAGACACAGCACAGAGGCAGAAAAAGAUGGCCCUUACCGGUUAGUUAAUAAGAAAAAGAGGACCUGUUGCCUGUCCCUCUGGCUUUGAACCACAAAAUGAAGAGGAAUUUUAUCUGGAUUUUCCUGCAGGACUGAGGGCAGGACAUGAGGCUCUGCCUACAGUCAGCCACUUGGAAUAUUCAGACUUCAAACCAGCAUUGCAGAUUAUAACCCUCCAUAAAUCACCCACAGCCCAACCCCUAUCAAAUGCCAGACUGAAACACUCAUGGACAUGUGACUUCAGUGUUCCCAACAUCUUAAGAUCAACUUGGUUUAUGCAACGUUUGAAUUGAUUUGGGACAAAGCAAGAACAAUAAGGGUAAAAAAGUGGAAAAAAAAAAAAGAAAGAUCCCUGAGUAAUUGCAAAUGCUGGGACAGUUUACCACUCCAGGGUGAAGAGUCCGUACCAACAUGUCUGCCUACUACAGGAAUAACGGGUUUGAGGAAGACCCAGAUUACCUUGACUAUUCAAGGUCUCCGAACCGUACACAAGGGUAUUUGAAAACUCAGCGUUAUCCAGAUGCUCUGGGUCCUCCAAACAAUCCACACAACCCCGGCACCAGGAACAAUCCAUACUCUGUAGACUCCAGAGAACGUCCAGACUAUCCUGGGUCUCUGAGUAAUCCAGACUAUUCUGGUACCAGAAGUGAUGCAUACUCUUCAGCCUCUAGAACAAGCCCAGACCAUCCUAUCUCUCUACCAGAGCCAGAUUAUAGUGAAUUUCAGAGUCAUCCGUACCACCGACCAUCAUCCAGACAGCCAGACUACCCUGGAUCUCAACGAAAUCCUGAUUUUGUAGGCUCCAGCAGCAGUGGAAACUAUGCAGGCUCCAGAACACAUCCAGAUUAUUUUGGCUCCUUAGGAGAACCGGACUACCCUAGAGCUCAGAGCAACUCUGAUCAUCCUGGACCCAGAGCCAACUUGAACCAUCCAGGCUCCAGAAGGAAUCUAAAACAUACAGGUUUCAGAAUCAAUCCGUAUACAGAUUCUCUGGGAGAGCCUGAUUAUCCAGGUGCUGAGAUUCAACCUAACUCUCCACCCUUUUUUGGGGAGCCAGAUUAUCCCAGAACUGAGGACAAUCAGAACUCAUCAAGCGCUUGGGGAGAACCUGAUUAUUCAGAUGCUGAGAAUGGUUAUGAUUAUGGCUCUUCUGAGACCCCAAAGAUGACCAGGCGGGUGCUCAGCAGAACAUCUUCAAUCCAGCCCUCAAAUCAUCACAGGAGUGAUGGCUCCUUGGGCAACCUUUGGGGAGAGAAUGAAGAUUACCCUGAAAGGAUUGAAAUGGCAUCCAUGGAGAUGGCAAACUCAUAUAGACACUCUCUGCCCGAUGCUCCUGGAAAUGGCUAUGGUAAGCAUUUAUUAAGCCAGGAUCAUAUCCUUUUAGCAUAUCCUGUAGGCAUUGAAACAAUCAGUACUUACGUGUUCAGAACCUACUGGAGGAAAAGGGAGUUCAGAGUUAACUCCAGAGGAGCUACUUCUGGGGUUUUCCAUCACGGGAGACUUCUGAGUGAGGCAGAAAGGGGUACAGUGUACAAGCCAGCUCUCCAUUCUCUCCUCCAUGCCCUGCAGUUCCUGAAGACACACAAGAACCCUGGGGCGGUGCUGUUACUGCCUUUCGUUGUGUCCUGCAUUAAUCUGGUCGUGCCGCGUAUCUACUCCAUGUUCAGGCUCGUGGAGAGGUACGAGAUGCCGCGGCACGAAGUCUACGUUCUCCUGAUCCGAAACAUCUUUUUGAAAAUAUCAAUCAUUGGCAUUCUUUGUUACUAUUGGCUCAACACUGUGGCCCUGUCUGGUGAAGAGUGUUGGGAAACUCUAAUUGGCCAGGAAAUCUACCGGCUCCUUCUGAUGGAUUUUGUGUUCUCUUUAGCCGAUUCCUUCCUGGGGGAGUUUUUGAGGAGAAUCAUUGGGAUGCAACUGAUCAAAAGUCUUGGAGUCCAGGAGUUUGACAUUGCCAGGAAUGUUCUAGAACUCAUCUAUGCACAAACUCUGGUGUGGAUUGGAAUCUUCUUCUGCCCCCUGCUGCCCUUUAUCCAAAUGAUUAUGCUUUUCAUCAUGUUCUACGCCAAAAAUGUCAGCCUGAUGAUGAAUUUCCAGCCUCCAAGCAAAGCCUGGCGGGCCUCACAGAUGAUGACUUUCUUCAUCUUCUUGCUCUUUUUCCCGUCCUUCACCGGGGUCUUGUGCACCCUGGCCAUCACCAUCUGGAGAUUGAAGCCUUCAGCUGACUGUGGCCCUUUUCGAGGUCUGCCUUUCUUCAUUCACUCCAUCUACAGCUGGAUCGACACCCUGAGUACACGGCCUGGCUACCUGUGGGUUGUUUGGAUCUAUCAGAACCUCAUUGGAAGCGUGCACUUCUUUUUCAUCCUCACCCUCAUUGUGCUAAUCAUCACCUAUCUUUACUGGCAGAUCACAGAGGGAAGGAAGAUUAUGAUCAGGUUGCUCCAUGAGCAGAUCAUUAAUGAGGGCAAAGAUAAAAUGUUCCUGAUAGAAAAGUUGAUCAAGCUGCAGGAUAUGGAGAAGAAAGCAAACUCCAGCUCCCUUGUUCUGGAAAGGAGAGAGGCGGAGCAACAAGGCUCUUUGCAUUUGGGGGAGCAUGACGGCAGUCCUGACUUGCGAUUUAGAAGAUCAGUUCAAGAAGGUAAUCCAAGGGCCUGAUGAUUGUUUUGGUAACGAGACACCAAUCAAAUAAGGAGAGCAGAUGAAAAUGGAACGAUUUCUUCCGUGCAACCUGUGCCUUUAGCAAUUGCCCAGAAGGAAAUCCAAGCCUUUAGCCAGGAGCGGAAACUGACUACAAUGUAAUUAUCAAAGUAAAAUUGGGCAUUCUGUGCUAUUUUUUACACCUGGAUUGCUGAUUUUUCAAGACAAAAUACUUGGGGUUUUCCAAUAAAGACUGUUGUAAUAUUGAAACGGGCCCACAAAAACCUAGGAAGAAAUAACUAGGGAAUAAUAUAUUUUAUCUUCAAGAAAUGUGUGCAUGAAUGAUUGGUUCUUAGGAAUCUCACCUGCCAGACUUCCCAGUCCUGGCAAAGGUUUAGGAACUGUUGUUAAGAAUAGUGGUCCAGCCUGAAUAAACAUGUAAUCCUUAAGCAGGGUGUGAAGCCUGCAUUUAUUUGUGACUUUGAACUAAAAACAUCCCCAUAUGUCCCAAAGUUGGAAUACAACCAGAGGUCUCAUCUC